AUGGCGACGGGAGGAGGAGGAGGAGUGAGGCGGAGGAGGAAAGCGGGGCUCCCGGGAUUCUGCUGGAAAACCUGCUACUUUCCCAUUUUGUUCUGGGUCGUUUCCGUGUGCGGAGAGGAGAAGACGUUCAUUGUGGAGACGUGGCUGAAGAACUAUGGCUACCUGCUGCCUCACGACGUCCGCACCUCAGACCUGCGGCAGGAGAAGGCCAUGCAGUCUGCCGUGGCCGCCAUGCAGCGCUUCUACGGCAUUCCUGUGACGGGAAUACUGGACGAGACGACCAUAGAGUGGAUGAGGAGACCUCGCUGCGGCGUCCCAGAUCAUCCUCACACCAGCCGCCGGCAGAGGAAUAAACGCUACGCCCUGACAGGACAGAAAUGGAGAGAUAAAAAGAUCUCCUACAGCAUAUCGAACUUCACCCCUAAGGUGGGGGAGAAGGACACUCAGAGGGCGAUCCGACAGGCCUUCAACGUGUGGCAGACCGUCACGCCGCUCUCCUUCCAGGAGGUGCCGUACUCAGAGAUCAAGAACGAGGGUAAGGAGGCAGACAUCAUGAUCUUCUUUGCCUCUGGUUUCCAUGGUGACAGCUCGCCGUUCGACGGGGAGGGGGGUUUCCUGGCCCACGCCUAUUUCCCCGGCGCUGGCAUCGGAGGAGACACGCACUUCGACUCUGACGAGCCCUGGACGCUGGGCAACGCCAACCAUGACGGUAACGAUUUGUUCCUGGUGGCGGUUCAUGAGUUGGGUCAUGCGCUGGGUUUAGAGCACUCCAACGAUCCCAGUGCCAUCAUGGCUCCUUUUUACCAGUACAUGGACACACACAACUUCAAGCUGCCUCUGGACGACCUACAGGGCAUACAGAAAAUCUACGGUAUCCCCACAGCCAUGCUGGAGCCCACCCGGCCGUUACCCACCUUACCCUCACGACGGACACACUCCACCUCCGAGCGCAAGCACGACCGCCACUCCCGUCCGGCGCGUCCACCCGGUGACCGGCCUGCGCUGCCUGGGAACGGCAAACCCAACAUCUGUGACGGCAACUUCAACACUGUGGCCUUCUUCAGACGGGAGAUGUUUGUCUUCAAGGACCGGUGGUUUUGGCGCCUGAGGAACAACAAGGUCCAGGAGGGCUACCCCAUGCAGAUCGAUCAGUUCUGGAAAGGCCUGCCGCCUCGCAUCGACGCUGCCUACGAGAGAUCUGACGGCAAAUUCGUCUUCUUCAAAGGUGAUAAGUACUGGGUGUUUAAGGAAGUCACGGCCGAGCCUGGUUACCCCCACAGCCUGGUGGAGCUGGGCAGCUGCCUCCCCAAAGACGGCAUCGACACGGCGCUGCGCUGGGAGCCGGUCGGGAAAACGUACUUCUUCAAAGGGGACCAGUACUGGCGCUACAACGAGGAGAAGCGCACCGCAGACCCAGGAUACCCCAAACCCAUCACCGUGUGGAAGGGAAUACCAGAUGCACCGCAGGGGGCCUUCAUCAGCAGAGAGGGAUACUACACCUACUUCUACAAGGGAAAGGAGUACUGGAAGUUUGACAACCAGAAGCUGACUGUUGAACCCGGAUAUCCAAAGUCCAUCUUGCGUGACUGGAUGGGCUGCGACCAGUCUGAAAUGGAGCGUUCCAACGGCAACGGUAACCGUGGUGACCGCCAGCUUCCCCUCGACGACGUGGACAUCAUGGUGGCCAUCAACGAUGUCCCGACAACAGUCAACGCCAUCGCCGUAGUGAUCCCUUGCAUCCUGUCGCUGUGCAUCCUGGUGCUGGUGUACACAAUUUUCCAAUUUAAAAACAAAGGGGUGCAGCAGAACACCAUGACACAGCACUACUACAAAUACCCUGUUCAGGAGUGGGUAUGA